AUGACCACUCCACUGGAAGAUGCAAUGGACACCUUGAUCAGGAUUUUCUAUCACUACUCUGGCAAAGAAGGAGACAGAAACAAGCUCAGUAAAGGAGAACUCAAGGAGCUUCUCACCAGUGAGCUCACUGACUUCCUUUCAGGCCAAAAGGACCCCCUCCUGGUUGAUAAAAUUAUGAAUGACCUGGACUCCAAUAAGGACAAUGAAGUGGAUUUUAAUGAAUUUGUCAUUCUGGUUGCUGCUUUGACUGUGGCAUGUAAUGAUUUCUUUGAAGAACAGUUAAAGAAAGAGGACUUUUAAAAAUCUUUGAUGUAAUCAGUCUUCAGGCCACAAAUGAAGCAAAGCAUGCCUAGUUAGGUAGCCCUCAUUGGUGUUUAGUGAAUGCAAACCAUCAUUCCUGCAACUGUUACUGCUCUAAGACAUUUAUGGAGCUAAUCAGCAGCUGGUGUAAGCUGGACCACUGCCAGCUUACACUACUUGAGAUAUGGCUUUUAAUAUUUCCAGUCUUUGCACUCCAUGCAUCUGUAACAUGCCUUCAUCAGUUGCCCAGGUCAAGGGCUUGGGGUGACAGAUCAUUUGGCAUGAGUUGAGAUUUCUAUUUCUUCAAUGUCAGUGGAAAGUAAAAGGCAUGGGAAUGUUACUUAUAUACUUUCUGAAUGGAAAAACUUUGGAAUGAGACAUAAUACUUGCAAUUUAGUUUUCAGUCAUUUUAUUUUAAUCUUAUUUUGCAGCUCAAAACCAGCAGAUUCUUUUAGCUCAGCUCUGCUUAUUCUAAAGCAUUUUUAGCUGCUGCUCCCCACACUCAUAUUUCAGAUGUGGUCACAGCUGUCUUGCUGCUGAAGCAUACAAUACUGCUUGCCAUUGUUACUGGCUCAUUUCCUCCAUGUCCCCAGCUUCAAUUUUGUUCUGUUGGCAUUGCUGUAUCCCAGUAGUCAACCUCUUCACUUGGCAUAAAUGAAUUUAUUCGUAUCAUAAAUUAUUCAAAUACAUAGAAGAUUUAGUCUAUGCAAAUUGCUUGGAGAGCUGAUGUAAGGACUGGGUCUUUGGGGGAAAUGUGUAAAUGCCUUCUGUUUUCACUACUCUGGAAUGCCUAAAAGAAGGACCACUUGUGGAGGAUUUAAUGAUGGAAUUCCAGGGUACAACUUUGCAAUGUGAGUCAUCUUAUGGAAAAAUGAUUAUUUUGUCUUACACUGAUCCCCACCCUGCAUGGAAGUGGGGGUUCCCUGGACCCCAAGGCCAGGCAAAGAGAGAGUAGGCAAACCCCUUCCACUGUUAGUUUGCUCUUGGGUUGAGUUAAGAGUAUUUACACACUCCUGUUUGAACUAAGCAUACUUCUGAAGCCCUGCAAGUCCUCAGUGGCAGGAUUUUGUGGCUUUUUUUCCUGUGUGGAGAGCUCUCUUACUUCCUUGUUAUUUUGUUGGUAACUUCAAAC